AUGGCAUCGUCGACUCAAAAAUGUGUUCAAAUCUUUUACAAUGCGCUCGUGGAUGAAGAGCGUCUUGUAGAAAUAUUUGGUCCUCUGAAUGGAAAUGAAUGGACGAGAGGAAGAAAAGAAUGGGAAUUCGAUGCGGCUGAUAGACAAGGAAAAAUGGCUAACUUACUCGAUUUGCCGGAUUUGGUCAUGAGCAAUGUAUUGGGAUACCUUGAUCUCAACUCAGUUCUAACCCUCCGAAAAGUGAAUCGAGGACUCCGUGAAUUUGUCGACGAGGAAAAGCAAGAUUUCAAAAUCAAGACUCUCCACAUCUGGUUGGAACCCGACAAUGUCCACCUCGAACUGUUCAUCGACGAAAAAAAUCCGAUUCAAGUAGAAUACAAUAGGACAGAAGGGGAUACCACUUCGGUGUCGUAUACACGAAGAACAACUGUCAACCUCGACGUCAUGAAGGCGUGCACCAACGAUUUGGAGAUAAUUUUGAAGAAUCAGAAGUCUAUUUUCAGAGAGAUCGGAGUGUCAGUCCAUCUCGAAGAUUAUGUGGACAGGUCAAAAAACGACGAGUAUGAAGCAAAAUUGAGGGAGCGAACGGAGCCAUUCCUGGCGGACCUCAAAAGAAUUCUCGGAUCCCGGAACCACAAGAUUCGAACCAGAUUUUUGCGGAUGGACGUCAUUGACCAAUUCCAAGUGAUGGCGGUCCUUCCUUAUCUUUGCCCGGAGACGUUACGUGAAAUGACAUUGAGAACCUCGAGUAGUGUAGAAGGCCAAACAUUGGAAAUGGAUGAGAUUGUGAAGUUGGAACAGUGGAAACGUCUCCGGAAGUUUCUGUCGGAGGGAUUUAUAAUCACUGAGCCACUCCACCACUUUGCCCACUUCUCGACUUUGUUGCAUACCUCUAUGAAGACAGUGAAUACUGAUGAGUUGUGGAUGUUAAAAGAGGAAGUAAUGACAUCGCCGACUCCUAAAUAUUUUAAUUUCGACUACUGUGAGUUUGUCGAUGAAGAGCGUCUUGUGGAAGUGUUUGGUCCUCAGAUGAAUGAAAAUGAAUGGAUGGAUGUGAAAAAAGAGUGGAAAUUCAUUGCGGCUGAUGGACAAGAAAAAGUAAAGAUCACUGUUUGGGAUGGAUUGGAAACUAUUGAAAUCAAACAUGCAUGCUCUGUGUCUUAUUGA